AUGGCUGCCGCAGAGGGCGGAGCCGAAACGCCGCCUCUGCCAGUGCGGAAGCUAAAUGGCGAGGUGAUCUGCCAAAUUCAUGCGGACCCCUCCGCACCAGUGGAGGAGCUGAAAAGAGAGGUCCACACGGCCACCUGCAUUCCUGUCGGCUUCUUUAGCCUCCUGAAGAGUGAGGAUGGAUUGACCAUCGUCUUGGAGAGUGACCGACCUUGGGACAAGCUUUUCGUGGAUGCAUGCACGUUUGGAGAUGUGCCGCUGAUCCAGUCCACACUACCGCUGCUCCCAUCGACGCUUUGUGAGGAGAAGCAAGGCCUUCUGCUGGCCAUUCUGAAGAAAUGGACGCGCGUGGUGGAGCUGCUCCUCGAGAAAGGUGUGAGCGCGAACCUUGAGAUGAAUGAUGUAGGACUCCGGCCUCUGCACCUUUGUGCACGAACAGGGGAUGCCGAGACCCUCCGUGUGCUUCUCCGUGGCAAGGCCGAUGUAGAUGCAGCCAACGAGGACGGUGACAGGGCUCUUCAUUUCGCUGCAUGCCGCAAAGACAGCGACUUUGUUUCGCUGCUGCUGGAUGCGAGGGCAGACCCCACGGCAAAGAACUGCAUGGGCGAGACUGCCAUGGACAACGCCUGGAACGAAGAUGUACGCGAGAUUUUCGACCUGAAGUGGUCAAACGACGGUUGA